AUGGCACCAUCGCAUCAAAUGAGGGAUGGCUUCAACCUUCCAAAGUCGAACACGAUGUCCAAUCUCAUAAGCUUAUCUCGCGACAUCACCCCGAAGCGCCUGCUCCAGCCACUGGGGCCACCACUCCCAAGAACACAAACUCUGGGCAAUAUAACGUGCUUUGGGUCAACAAACUCAACCUCUUCUCCUCGGAAGCCGACCUCGGUGAAGGUCUCACACUUCAAGAGACAUCAAGACGAUGAGAGUCAACUUGAUAUCGCUACUGCAUUGAGUGAAAGUAGAAUGACAGAUGAAGAGCUGGAGAUGAUGCAGCAAACACAAAGGGAGGCUGCUAUCAACCGUUUUCGCCUGAGAGAAAGAUUUAGGGGAGGCCGCGAUGCAAGCAGGCAUGUACUCCCAUCGACAGUCACCCAACAUCAGAAAAUCGAGACGAUUCAAACAACACCUAGCAAUACAAUCACUAUGGAAGCCACCGCAUCUGACCCACUACCAGCAGAUGUACAAAAGGCAGGCGCCAAAAGGGGACAUCUGGCUAUUAAUCCAACUCUGGCUAACAGGCAUUGCCUCGAUCAUGACCUGCCCACUGCUACAACAACUACAAGUGCUACUGCAUCUACUCAGAGCGGCGUAUUUCUCGAAAGGUUCAAACAGAAACAUUUCAAUUAUGACGCAGAGUCCUCCCAGUAUUGGGCUGGUCGUUAUUUGUCAGUAUGCGACAGGAUUCGAAGUGAACCUCUGAUGAACACCAAGCUUCUGCCUCCCUUUGAAUCUUCUACUAAGACUAUCGACAUGCUGUUUGACGCUCGUGAAAGAGCGCGAAUAAGGCUAGCAUUAGACGAGCUUAGAAGAUGUUGCAUGACUGAUGACGCACUUGAAAGCUUCGAGCAUUUUGAGGUCGCGUUGCUAAAGAAGUUGGGCAUAUCUCAUCAAAGUCUAUACCGAGACAGUAAAUCUUUGUCGGGAGCCUCCGACGCCGGGUCAAGGCCAAGGAUGGCCGGUUGCGGUGGUCGAAAAUCUGGAACCACUUGGAAUGAAUCUCAGCCAUUUGGCAGUACCUCAACAUCCACCAGCCGCGUUUCAAGUAUCAAUGCCGAAGCCGUAAUGGGGAAGGCUUCUCGCGGGGUGGAGGGCAAAGGCACCCUUGCAAAGAGCAAGACUACUGGUAACUUGGCAUCAUUCAUACCAAAGUUCGCCAGCAGACAAUUGGUACCUUUUAUCAAGACUACUUAUCAAUCAAACUCGACUGAUCACAAGGUCCACCAUCGAAGAAUCUCGCAUGUCGGACACACUCCUGAAUCAGCAGAGCAAACUAUUGAGGGGAGAGAAUCUCAUACAGCCAGUCAAAUGAACGCUACACACUGGCGGUCAGGCUCACGCAUACCAUCCUUCAGUCUUGCCAACAGUGAGAGCCGCAGCCUGCAAUCACUCUCCACUCCCACGGCUACACCACCUGCAGAGAAGGAGCGGAGCUUGAUCUUUGGCAAGAAAAUCCAAAAGCGAGACCAAGUGGUUGGAAGCCUUGACUGUGCUAUGAUGGAAAGUGGUCACACAAUGCCCCCUUAUGAGGAAAAGUCGCAAGCCUUCUUCCCACAGGUUCAAAUGGUUACUGUGCAGGGAGAGAAGGAGAAAGUGAUUCGUUCUCGCCGUAAAUCGGAACGGCAGUCCAGUGGGGAAAUCGUGAAAAAUCUAUUUGGAGCCGGAGUGCGAGGAGUGAGGAAGAUGGGUCGCCGGGUUGGAGCAAUGAGCAUAGGAAGCAGUGAUGAUUUACCGGCAUCGAAGCAUUAA